AUUGCCCUCUUCAUUAUGCAUUCAUCAUGCAAAAUUGAGGUCUCCUAAAUGACAUAUAUGUUUGCUUUUUAAUAUAUGUGUGCAAUUUUAUUUUUAUUUGAUUUGUAAAGAGAAAGGUUCCAUUGCCAUCCACUUUAAAUUCUCAAACCUUUUGAAACUGUUCAUGAGUACAUGUGGGGUAGAAGUGAUCACAUCCGGUGGAGGUUUGGUCAUUCUCCGGCGAACCUGGCCACUUUAUAGUUUCAAGUGGAAGAAGCAUAGGAUAUAUAUAGUAUAAGUGCCAAGGAUAUGUUAGAAUGUGCUGUCAAGCAGCACAUCAAUCAUAUUCCCUCUCAGCCCCAUAAAUAAAUGUGGCUCAGGGGUUUCUAAUGAACACACUCACAACUCACACAUCAUCUCUGAGCCCCUUAUUGCUAGCUCUUCACUAAUUUUCUCUCAAGAACAAGAGAGAAUUAUGAAGUUCUCUAAGCAAUUUGAAGGCCAGCUUGUGCCUGAAUGGAAAGACGCUUUUGUUGAUUAUUGGCAACUCAAGAAAGACCUCAAGAAGUUUCAUCUCCUUAAUAAUAUUAAUGAUCCUAAUACUAUUACCACUUCACCCACCUCAACCAGGAACCAACAGCAUAACUCUUUAGCUAACACCAUAGUUUCUUCUCUUGGGAAAAUCUCUUUAUUCAGCCACCAUCAUCAUAGAGAACAUGGUGCCAUUCAAGUGCAUAAGAAGCAUGCAAGUUCAGCUAGCAAGGAUGAUAUGUAUGAGACUGAAUUGCUGGAUCAAUUUGUGGAUACUGAUGCUGCACAAGAGUUUUUUGCAUGUUUGGACAGGCAACUCAACAAAGUGAACCAGUUCUACAAGACUAAGGAGAAGGAGUUCUUGGACAGAGGGGAGUCCUUGAAGAAACAGAUGGAAAUUCUCAUCGAACUCAAAACCGCCCUCAAGUGGCAGCGUGCCAAAGGAGCUUCUUCCCAGGAUGCCAAGGAGGAUCCUUCUAUUUCUUGCACCAUCUCUUCCUGUGAUGAGGAGUCCAUUAAGGACAGAACAGAACAAGAACAACUACAAGAUCAGCAGCAAGACAGCAGCACGGAUGACUUGGAAAAAAAUGAUGUUGGGUUGGCAGAGUCACCAGGAUCAGAGGAAAUUGGGAAAUCAAUGAGAAUGAAAGGAGAAGAUGGCAAACUCAGGACACUGUCAAGUCAUUUUUUCAAUUGCCAGGGGAAGAACUUACGAAUUAAUAUACCUCUAACAACUCCAUCUCGUACGUUCUCGGCAAUCAGUUACUUGGUCUGGGGAGAUUUAGUUAACCAGUCAUCCAAAAAAUUUUCUGAAGGAAGUAGGCUGCAUAUCAACAAAACAAAGAUCCAUCAUGCAGAGAAGAUGAUAAGAGGAGCUCUCGUUGAGCUCUACAAAGCGUUGGGUUAUCUCAAGACCUACAGGAACUUGAACAUGCUUGCUUUUAUAAAGAUUCUGAAGAAGUUUGACAAAGUUACUGGAAAGCAAGUUCUUCCCAUUUAUCUAAAAGUAGUCGAGAGCUCCUAUUUCAACAGCUCAGAUAAGGUUAUGAAUUUAGCUGAUGAAGUGGAGGAGUUAUUUGUCAAGCACUUCGCUGAAGAUGACCAUAGAAAGGCGAUGAAAUAUCUUAAGCCUCAGCACCGUAAAGAAUCACAUUCUGUAACCUUCUUCAUUGGACUGUUCACUGGAUGCUUCAUUGCUCUCCUUGUUGGAUAUGUAAUUAUGGCUCACAUAACAGGAAUGUACAGACCACAACCGGAUACAAUGUAUAUGGAAACUGUAUACCCUGUACUAAGCAUGUUCAGCCUAUUAUUUCUACACUUCUUUCUGUAUGGUUGCAACAUUUUUAUGUGGAGGAAAACCCGUAUAAAUUAUAGCUUCAUCUUUGAGCUGGCCCCUACCAAGGAGCUUAAGUACAGAGAUGUGUUCUUGAUAUGUACCACCUCAAUGACCGCUGUAGUAGGAGUUCUGUUUAUUCAUUUGUCACUUGUCACAAAAGGGUAUUCAUUUACCCAAGUUCAAGCAAUUCCUGGCCUUCUCUCAUUGGUCUUCUUAAUGUUACUUUUGUGCCCGUUGAACAUUUUCCAUCGAUCAAGCCGUUAUCGCUUCCUUUGUGUGAUCAGGAACAUCAUACUAUCACCUCUCUAUAAGGUUCUCAUGCUGGACUUCUUCAUGGCUGAUCAACUCUGUAGUCAGGUGCCAAUGCUAAGGAAUCUAGAAUAUGUAGCUUGUUACUAUAUAACUGGCAGCUUCAAAAAUCAGGACUACGGUUAUUGUAUGAGAGCAAAACAUUACAGGGAUUUCGCUUAUGCAGUGUCCUUCCUACCCUAUUACUGGAGGGCCAUGCAGUGUGCCAGGCGCUGGUUUGACGAAGGGCAGACAAGCCACCUUAUUAAUCUGGGCAAAUAUGUAUCAGCAAUGUUAGCAGCAGGAGCCAAAGUAGCUUAUGAGAAAGAAAGGAGUGUUGGAUGGCUGUGUCUUGUUGUCAUCGUGUCAAGUGCUGCAACUGUGUACCAAUUAUAUUGGGACUUUGUAAAGGAUUGGGGGUUGCUUCAAAUGAAUUCCAAGAACCCCUGGCUAAGGAAUGAAUUAAUGCUUCGUCGAAAGAUCAUUUACUACUUUUCCAUGGGAUUGAACCUUGUUCUCAGGCUGGCUUGGCUACAAACAGUUCUCCAUUCAAGUUUUGGGCAUGUUGAUUACAGAGUAACUGGCUUAUUUUUAGCAGCCCUUGAAGUCAUCAGAAGAGGAAUGUGGAAUUUUUUCAGACUGGAGAAUGAGCAUCUAAAUAAUGCUGGCAAGUUUCGAGCAGUGAAGACAGUGCCACUUCCAUUUGAAGAGGAUGAGGAAGAUUGAUGCCUGAUUGGCAACAGUUGCUUACCGAAUUCGAUUCAAUGGGAACCCCAGAUGUUUUCCAGUUGAAUCCUUCCAAGAAAAACCUUAUUGCCUUUUACAAGUUGAUGCAACAACUAACCAGACAUCAACUUGAUUUUUAUUGUUCCCUGGAUAUUGGAACAAAGUGGUACAUACUUGUAUACUAAAAUCUCUUCAACAAAGAAAAGAAACUAAUGCAAAUGCAUGCAGUUUCAUUAAAUA